AUGAGCAGCAACCAGACAUGGAUCACAGAGGUCACCCUGCUGGGAUUCCAGGUCAGUCCCGCCCUGGAAAGUUUCCUCUUUGGGCUUUUCUCUCUCUUCUAUGCCUUCACCCUGCUGGGGAAUGGGGCAAUCCUUGGAAUAAUCUGCAGGGACCACAGGCUGCAUACCGCCAUGUACUUCUUCCUUUCACAUCUGGCCAUUGUUGACAUCGCCUAUGCGUGCAACAACGUCCCAAAGAUGCUGGCAAGUCUGGUGAGUCAAAGAAGAACCAUCUCCUUUGUCCCGUGCAUCAUGCAGACAUUCCUGUAUUUGGCUUUUGCUCACGUCGAGUGCCUGAUUUUAGUGGUGAUGUCCUAUGACCGGUACGUGGCCAUCUGCCAUCCCCUGCACUACACCGUCACCAUGAGCUGGAGACUGUGCACCGUCCUGGCCAUGGCUUCCUGGGGGCUCAGCUUCCUCUUGGCUCUGGUCCACUUAGUCCUCAUCCUGAGGCUGCCCUUCUGCGGGCCUCAUCAAGUCAACCACUUCUUCUGUGAGAUCCUGUCCGUCCUCAAGCUGGCCUGUGCGGACACGACGCUCAACAGAGUGGUCAUCUUUGCAGCCUGUGUGUUCAUCUUAGUGGGGCCCCUGUGCCUGGUGCUGGCCUCCUACGCCGGCAUCCUGGUGGCCAUCCUGAGGAUGCCAUCUGCAGAGGGCCGCAGGAAGGCCUUCUCCACCUGCUCUUCCCACCUCUGCGUGCUGGGGCUCUUCUUUGGCAGCGCCAUCGUCAUGUACAUGGCCCCGGGGUCCCGGCACCCCGAGGAGCAGCAGAAGAUCCUCUCUCUGUUCUACAGCCUCUUCAACCCCAUGCUGAACCCGCUGAUCUACAGCCUGAGGAAUGCGGAGGUCAAGGGCGCCCUCAGGAGGGCGCUGGGGAAGGAGAUGUCACUGUGA